UUUUUAUUUCAUUCAUUCAUAUUUUUUCCUUGUGAUUUGAUUACAUUUUAUUACGGUAUCAAUAAAUUACUUUUCUUAUUUAAAAAGUGCUAUUCGUGAGUAAUUAUGCCGAGGUAUCACAAAGUGGAAAUUAACAAAACAGAAUGGAUCGUGCCAGAAAGAUAUCAAGCGCUUACUCCUGUAGGUUCUGGCGCCUAUGGGCAAGUUUGCUCAUCUGUUGACACCCUGCAUAAUAUGAAAGUGGCUAUCAAGAAGUUGGCCCGGCCGUUUCAAUCAGCUGUUCACGCUAAGAGGACCUACCGUGAACUCCGCAUGUUGAAGCACAUGAACCAUGAGAAUAUAAUAGGUUUACUAGAUGUGUUUACACCUGAGAAGUGUCUGGAAGACUUCCAGCAGGUGUACCUGGUGACGCACCUCAUGGGGGCAGAUCUAAACAACAUAGUCCGCACUCAGAAGCUGUCUGACGACCAUGUGCAGUUCCUGGUCUAUCAGAUACUGCGGGGCCUCAAGUACAUUCACUCAGCAGGGAUUAUUCAUAGGGAUUUGAAACCAUCAAAUAUAGCUGUGAAUGAAGAUUGUGAACUAAAAAUCCUCGACUUUGGUUUAGCGCGACCAACUGAAAACGAAAUGACAGGAUAUGUUGCCACAAGGUGGUACAGAGCACCGGAGAUCAUGCUGAACUGGAUGCACUACAACCAGACGGUGGACAUCUGGUCCGUGGGCUGCAUCAUGGCUGAGCUCCUCACUGGCAGGACUCUGUUCCCGGGCACAGACCAUAUCCAUCAACUAAACUUGAUAAUGGAGGUGCUCGGUACACCGAGCCAAGAGUUUAUGCAGAAAAUAUCGUCUGAAUCUGCACGCAACUACAUCCAGUCGCUGCCGUCGCUGCGCCGGCGCGACUUCCGCGAGGUGUUCCGCGGCGCCAACCCGCUCGCCGUCAACCUGCUCGAGCUCAUGCUGGAGCUGGACGCCGACAAACGCAUCACGGCGGAGCAGGCGCUAGCGCACGAGUACCUGGCGCAGUACGCGGACCCGACAGACGAGCCCGCCUCCGCGCCCUACGACCAGAGCUUCGAGGACAUGGACCUGCCCGUCGACAAGUGGAAGGAGCUGGUGUGGAAAGAGACGGUAGAGUUCAAGCCGCACCCGCAGCACAUGAACACCGUCGUGGAGAACCCCUCCUAACUCAGCACCACGCCUGUACUGCCGGCAGCUUCAUAAGCUUACACUUAUGUACCUUGUCACACUCACAAACAUCCUAUCAUGAACCAGAAAUAAGUCUGCAAAAGAUAAACUGGUCACACUGAAAAAUUUCUUUGAUACAACGUCAUUACUCUUUGCAUUUUUCGUUUUGAGCAGUUUAUAUCUUACGGAGACUUAUCCUGGGUAAAAUAUAGAUGGUUUGUUGGUUGAUAAGGUACAAAAGUGUAUAGCUACAUAUGAAGCUGGCCGUGCCACGCUAUAAUACGUAACGACGUAGUGUAGUGAUUGCCUUUGUGGCAACUUAGUGGUUGUUCCCCAUGUUUGUAAACUCUGACCGGUACUAGUUGGUGUCAAACGGAUGUAAAGUAAGAGAAAAUUAAAUUUUGAACACGUUUGUCAUGUGUGUAAGUAUAAUUUUUGUUUUAACGUGUGAUUUUUCUAUCUAUUGUGGGUAAUCGAACUAAGAUAUUUGGUAUGCAUAGCUACUGCGAUUUCACUAUAGUCAUUCAUCCAGUGCAUCGUUUCAUGUUUCUUCUCUGUCGCAUUGAAGCGCUCUUACUUUUACCAUAAGCACAACAUGUCUUUGUUACAUGCUUUCAAUAUUUUCUUAAAUAUUGUUUUCUCUGCGUUUGACAUUCAUUUGAUUCUACUGGCACCGGUUUGAUAAAUAGGUAAUAGAGGGGUUUUAUCGGUUUUUAAUAUUGUUUUACCAAUACAUAUUAUAUAUUUUAAUGGAUUUAUGAUUUAAUCAACUUUUGUUAAAUAUUUUAAUCCAAAUGCAAUAUUCGUUUAUGAAACGUGCGAGAACGCAGAUAAAUUAGUUUUUUUUAUGUUGGAGAAAGAUAUUUGUACUUAUUUAUUUAUUCUCUGAAAUUAUUGUCGUUUAUGAAUUGAUAAAAUAUUGAAUUGCAAAAAUGCAUUUUUGUACCUACAAAAUAUUAUUUAGGUAUUUGCUUAUUUGCCAUAUUGUUGUUGUGAACAAUUUGAUUUGAUUUGUUGCUUGAUGCACAGGUGCUAGAAAUUAGGAUGUAAUAAGAUAAAAUAAAAAGUAUUUUUGUAGUUGGUUCAACAUUGGGGGACUUGUUUGAUAAAAAUAGAUUUUGCAUAUUAUAUACAAUAUGAUCAUUACUAUUGAAUUUAUAUGUGAUGCUGCCAUAAUUAUGUUUGAAAAGAUUUAAUAGCGCCACCUAUAAUGGCAGUUUCUGCAAAUUACCAACCUCGCUGAAAAACUAUAGGUAUCAUUUUUAAGCCUACGGGGAAUGUCCAGACUCUCCUGUGUGAAAAAAGCUGCCCUAGGGUGCCCUAGAACGUGCCUAGAACCGUCCAUAGUGUGAUGUGUAUCUAAUUCAGGUAUUAUUUGCUCAUUUCUUAGAUACAACUUUCUUACAACUUCCUCGGCCUUUGGUGGCUAAUAUUAUGUAUCAGGUGUUAUACAAUAUUUAUAACCACAUGAAUACUUAUUGAUCGAUAUUUAAAAAAAAACUGUAUUAUACAACGUGUGUGAAACACAAUAAAUAUGAUAAUAUCUAGUAAUUAUAAACAGUUUUAAAAGUAUUAAUACCUAUACUUAAAUACACAACAGUACCUAUAUUUUAUUUAUGUGUGUUUCCUUACAUCUCUUACCACAACACAUAAACUUAAGUAGAUUCGUGUACAAUUACUUUGUACAACCUACCAUUUAACUUUAGGAAUUAUAUUUUAAUGCUUAAGUUCAUAACGAAAUAAAUCAACGUUUAUUUGUAUAAGUUUGUUGAUUUGUAAGAGUUUAGUACCUAAUUUUAAAAAUAUACAUGAAAAUAACA